AAUAAUCGACAACAUUCUCGAUUCAUAAUCGCGAUUGCAAGUAAAAACCGCAUUUAACCGCGUGAGAAACCAGGAGAUCCACGUUCCGCGUCCCGUUUCUUCAGUGCACUAUUGUUGUUCUUUUUUUUUAUCGGCGCUUAACGCAUAAAGACGCUUGCCUUGCACUAUAGCAGUAAAACAGGCGCAAAAUGUUGUUUCGCGAAUGAACAAAAGCCAUAAUGUUGAUAAUGACUAAAACCGCAUACCGAGUGCAGUGACUCUGGUGUUGGCGAGAACCAGCUGCUGUUCCACCGCUGACUAUCACAUCAUAUGAUAAACUAUAAGAGGAUCGUACAUGUAGCCAACAUUUUAUUGGCGCUUGGGGUUCCAUUGUCCGGUGAACCACGGCUAAGUUAAUUUUGAAGACGCCUACUUACACUGAGUACGUGCAAGAUUUGAUCGAAACGUCGGAUCGGGGAUAUCCGAUGCUGACGAAAGUCCUAUUCGCUACCACUCGUCUUGGAAGGUCGCCCAGGAAAAAAUAAGUGCGUGCGCGAUUUUUUCUGUACCGCGAAGGUGGUGAACGUAACGAAACUUUGUGUGCGUAUACGUUUUGUACAUAGUUCCGCGUGUAAAGUGUACAUAAAUAUUCGUAGUCGUAAGUGUGUAUUGUAAAGACUUUUUUGGAAACAUUAACAUUUUUUUUCGGUUAAAAUGAGUGAUAAUACGCAAAAAAACAACCUAAGAAAACUCUCCUUUCUUGGUUUUGCAAAAACCAGUGCAGUCAACUUGACUGACAACGCCAACGAUCCAAAUGAUACUGAUGCUCGUCUUGAUGAUGAAUGCGAAAAAGUAUUCGCAAUGGAUUCGGACGUCGAUCGUUUCGAUGUCGCAAAACUGGUGGACACCCCUUCAUCCGUGGACACCGCGUACCCUAAAGUACCUGAGGAAGAUUACGAAUUGCAUCGUCAAAAGAGCUAUCCUCAUGUUCACGUACCCCUCAAGCCUUCCCGUUCGUCUCGCUGGCGCCUGGGUUCUCCCCAGGACACACCAAACGGGAGUACUCCGUCUGAUACUCCCACAGUUACUCCAGGCUCUCCCGUCUCAUCCACCAAAACUACUACAGCUGCCUCUAACAACCUAGGCUCGUUGGGUUCUCCCGUCCUCCGUCUCAACGAUUCCGAUAUCGAAGAUCCAGGCGCGCUCAGUUCCGAAUCGGAAUGCAUCCUGUCAGAUCCAACGGGAUACAGGAGCCCUCCCGAUAUGCUAGACAGAAAGGUUCAGUUUGUUAAUGGAAAAGUUAAAGAAGGGGAGGACGAAGGGGAGAAGAAAAGAUCAAAGAAAAGUAGACAUCAUCAUCAUCACGCUCAGCAGCAUUUCAAGCCACGCAAAUACUCACUUCCGGUCGAAGCCAGCGAUAAGGGUGAUGACUCGAAACGUAAAAUUUCCACUCAGCCGGAAGACUUGGCCCUUAAAGGAACCGAUCGUGAUCAACUUGACAGUCACAGAUCCGAUGAUCCGAAGGCUCUUAGAAGACACAAGACCACUCGACCGUCCGUCGUCCACAUUGGAAGAAAAGAUGACUAUCAGUUCCAAACGCUAAUGAUGAAGAAGGAAUUCGAUCAUGUACCACAUCCGAUAUUCGUCCAAUUGGACGAGCUGGGCGCUGACGAAGAGCAUUCGGAAGAAACUGAAUGGAGAGAAACAGCCCGUUGGAUCAAGUACGAAGAAGAUGUUGAAGAAGGCGUAGACCGAUGGGGAAGACCCCAUGUGGCAUCCCUCAGUUUCCAUUCUCUUUUAAAUCUGCGACGAUGCUUGGAAGACGGACUGGUCAUCUUAGACAUGGAAGAGAAGGACUUGCCCGCAAUCUCUUACAGAAUCACCGAAGAAUUAUACAAAGAAGAUUUAAUUCGGGAAGCGGAUAAAGCUAAAAUAAUGAGAGUACUGUUGCUGAAGCAUCAUCACGUUAAUGAACAUCACGAGAGAGGGUUCAGGUUCAACAAGAAGCAACACAGCUACACGUCAUUGCAGUCGUUAUGGCUGGAGAGCGCCGUCAUAUGCGAGGCCGUCACCAUGGCCCGUUGCACCACCUGCGCGACCCAGGGACUGCUGUGCCCCCUGCACAUGCAGCCAUCCCGUGGGCCAUUUUAUUUCAGUAAUUUGCACCAUGACAAUGAAAAGCGUAAGGCAAGCGUUUCUUCUGAUAUCCAUCACGGCAUCAAAGGAAAUGGUGGAACCAUUACCGCCGAUGGUCAUCUGGGGAUACCAAACGAAAAAUAUACUACUGUUGACAUUAAAGAAGAAACUUACAGUACAAGUAAUGAAGAUGUUUCACGAAAAACAUCCACUUCAAUUAUCCGCAAAAUCCCUAUCGACGCUCAAGCAACCAGUGUGUUGGUGGGAGAGGUGGAUUUCCUCGAACAACCCGCCAUAGCUUUCGUACGUUUGGCAGAAGGUAUAAUUAUUCCGUCGUUCCUAGAAGUCAACAUUCCCAUCCGUUUCAUGUUCAUCCUGCUUGGUACCAAGAAUUUCAACCUGGACUACCAUGAAAUCGGUAGAUCCAUAGCUACACUUAUGGCCAAUCAGCAAUUCCACGACAUUGCCUUUGAAGCUAAUAACAGGAAAGCACUUUUAUCAGCCAUAAACGAAUUCCUGGACGACAGUAUUGUUCUACCACCUGGAGACUGGGAAAGACGAGCUUUACUUCCCAUCGAAGAAAUCAAAGCUAAAAGCGAACAGAUUAAGAGGAGAAAACAGAGUGCUUUAAAGAAAAUCUCAACUGCAGAGGAUACAAAAGUUUUAUUACUUUCGGACGGCGCUGGAGAAAAGAAGCCGCCUUUCGACGAUCCUUUGGAACGAACCCAUAGACCUUUUGGAGGAUUAAUAAGAGACAUAAAACGAAGAUAUCCGUUUUAUAAGAGUGAUUGUUGGCAGGGUUUGAAUGCUCAAUGUGCAGCAGCUUCAAUUUUUAUUUAUUUCGCGGCCCUGUCAGGUGCCAUAGCCUUCGGAGGUCUCCUGAGUGACAAAACGCGUAAUUCCAUUGGAACUUCUGAAACCCUGGUCGCAACGGCUUUAGGAGGAGCACUUUUUGCUCUUUUAGGAGGACAACCACUCGUCAUAGUAGGGACAACAGGACCCUUGCUACUUUUUGAAGAGGCACUAUUUAAAUUUUGUGAUUCUAACGGUAUAGAAUACCUUACCAUCCGAGUAUACAUAGGUCUAUGGCUGGGUAUAAUAGGUCUCUUUGUGGCUUGUCUCGAGGGAAGCGUUUUUGUGCGUCAAUUCACCAGGUUUACCCAAGAAAUUUUUGCUGCCUUAAUAUCAUUGUUCUUUGUAAUGGAAAGUAUAAUGAAAUUAAUAAACGUGUUCCAAAGGAAUCCCCUUUUGGCGGAUUAUUGUCAUCUAGGUUUCUUGGCUGCCGGUGAAGAUGGUAACAGCUCUUUGGUGCCUUUUGACAAACAAAAUGUUACUCUCAAUACAUCCAGCGACGAUAAUCAGCAAUGCUUGACUAAUCCGACCUGGCUUCUGCCUUCGUACGAUGCCAAGGGUCCAAUAAACCAGCCAAACACCGCCCUUUUCUGUCUCGUACUUACCCUCGGGACAUUUAUCAUUGCUUACUACUUGCUCAAGUUUAGGAAUGGAAAAUUUUUAGGAAGAAGUGCAAGAAGAGCCCUGGGAGACUUCGGCGUUCCAAUAGCAAUAGUUAUUAUGGUAUUUUUGGAUUACCUGGUCCCUCAAACAUAUACAGACAAACUAUCAUUGCCAGAAGGGUUAACUCCUUCAAAUCCAGAGAUCAGAGGGUGGAUAAUAAAUCCUGCAGGACAAAAUGGCUUUCCAUUUUGGAUUGUCUUCGCCGCUGGUAUUCCCGCCAUGCUCGUUUAUAUUUUGCUGUUCAUGGAAACCCACAUUUGCGAAUUAAUUAUUGCAAAACCUGAAAGGAAACUAAAGAAGGGUAGCGGUCUUCACUUGGAUAUUGUGCUCAUUUGUCUUAUAAACAUCUUAUGUGGCUUGCUGGGUGCCCCUUUUAUGUGCGCUGCAACGGUCCGCUCCAUAGCGCACGUGGCCGCCGUUACUGUCAUGUCACGUACACACGCACCAGGUGAAAAGCCCUACAUUAUUGAAGUCAAAGAACAAAGGGUUUCUGCCUUCGCUGUUGGACUUCUCAUUGGAUUAUCGGUUCUAAUGGCACCUCUUUUGAGGCUUGUUCCAAUGGCCGUGUUAUUUGGUGUUUUCCUCUACAUGGGUAUAGCUUCUACUACUGGCAUCCAGUUCUUUGAAAGAUGCAGAUUAUUGUUCAUGCCUGCAAAAUACCAUCACCAAGCAUCUUACGUCCGAAAGGUCAGAACAUGGAAGAUGCACCUAUUUACAGCCAUCCAGCUGUCUUGUUUAGUGUUCCUGUGGGUGAUCAAGGAAACUAAGGCCUCGUUGGCUUUUCCCUUUUUCUUAAUUUUGGCUGUUCCGUUGAGAGGCCAAAUAUUAAAAUUUGUUUUUACUCCGAAAGAGCUUCGUGCGCUGGAUGGCGAACAGCCGGAUGACGAUGACGAUGACGAACCCGACUUCUACCAACAAGCACGACUUCCUGGUUAAGACCAUCGCGUAAUAACGGGACAACUCCUUAAAAGGUACCAUUCGGCGAACCGCUGGUACCAUCCUGGUUUAAUUAAUUUAACACCACGCUAUUAUAAUAUGUAGGUAUACUACAUGCAUAAUAACGCGAAACUUUUCUUCUUUUAAUAUUGUAUACCAUUUU